AUGGCGACAGACUCGCUCCCUGCGGGCCGGAGCCCGCGUGUCGCCGCGGGGCUUGCCAAGAAGCGCAUGCGCGGCGCCGGCGAAAACCCGACACAGAGGAAGGCUGCCCGCGGCAGACAAACCGUAGACGAGAAGGGAAAGCGGAACGCGCGGCCCUUUGUGCGCGCCGAUCUUUCGCUUCCGGACUGGGAUGACGACGAAGUCGAAGCGGGCGCGGAGGCGGAGGCGGAGGCGCUCUCCGCCUCCGGAUCUGCUGCCGCGGAUGCGAGUGUAGGCGCCUCGGUGCCCGCAGACGCAGCGUCAUCGCGCGCGGAAGACGCGGCAGCGGAAGAUGGGGCCGGCGCCUUGCCCUCUCCCCCCCGCAACAGCUACGCAGAGAAGAAGCAAAAGAGACAAAUACAACUGCUGGACGUCCCCUCUGCAGGCUAUGAAGAACGCAGCGGCCGCCGGCAGGGCGACAACAAAAAAAAGGUCUUCUGGAAGGACCCAGUCAACCGCCGCAUUCUGCGAGGCGUGACGGCGGCGCUCGACGAGACGCCCAGCAAGGCAAGGCGAGUGGAGGCUGAGGCGGCGCCCAGAGGGCAGAAACGAGCCAAUGGAGCGGCGCGAGUCUCCGUCAAAGAAGAGAGAGAAAACACCGCUCAAGAGAUGACAGACUGGAUGGCCGCGCAGAUGGAUUUGCGCAGACACAAGCGCCCCGUCGUCUCCCGCGAGAGGUUGACGCGGCAGAAGAAGAGAUGA